AUGAUGUUGUUCUCGAUAAUUUCCGCCUCGUUAUUAGUCGUAGUGUCCUGUGCCCAUGUGCAAGACAAGUCAUACGAUGACAUCCCCGUUAUAACGCCGGAGCAACUCGAUCGCGAGAUAUCCCCUGAGGAGCGGUUACAGAUCGAAGUGACCACCCGCGCCGCCAUCAACACCGCGCGGCUCGGGAGUCUUCGUGACUCCGGCGGCGGUGUAAUCGCGAACCGCCACGUGUCGUACAAGGAGAGGUGGCUGACGCAGCUCCAGACAAUCGAAUCCUCCCUCACGACGGCCUUGCAACGGACCAGGAAGAAGACAAAUUGCAGCCAGAUUCUAGCCAAAUCCAUUUUCCAGGUGCACAAAGCUCGGCCGUUGAUCGCGGAAGGCGAGCUCAAUCGUGCGGCCAGGAAGCUCAAAUACACGUCCGAGGGGCUAGGCGCGUGUCUGACGUCACCCAGCAUCCAAGCUACCAGCAGCAGCGCAAGGCAGCUGACCCGAAACGCCAUGCAAUGGGCGACAGAAAUCGUCCUGCAAAUGCGCAACCGGGCCGACGGCGGAAAUGGCGGCGGCGCAGGCGGAGGCGGUCAGGGGCGCAAGCCGACGAGCGAGUCGCCUGGGGAUGAUAGCGGGGCGCCAGGGAAGUCGACGGGAGUCCUGGGUUCGCCGGUUCAGCCGCUCGCGAUUGAUUACUGCGAAACGUUUGCGAAGGUGGCGGGUAACGCUGCGACGAUCGUUGUGGAUACCACCACUGGCUGCCGUGGCAGUCGUGUCAGGUCGACGGUUCAAUAUCCAUCUGGCAUCUUCAGCGCCCAGAUCAAAUGCCCUGCUGGCGACAUGAACGGCCUCGUGCAGUCCUUUUACUUAUCCUCGUUAGAAGGCAGCAAAGGCCAAGACGAGAUAGACUUUGAAUUUCUGGGCCGCAAUAAAAUGAGCGUGCAGACCAACUAUUACGUGAACGGCGUGGGUGGUCACGAGGCCCUGAUUCCUCUCGGUUUUGACUGCUCCUCGGGAUUCCACGAAUACGUCAUUUACUGGAACGACCGGCAAAUAGUCUGGCAAAUUGAUGGGCAAGUCAAGAGGGUGGUUCAAAGGAACCAGCUAAAUGGGGGGCCCUACCCCACCAAGCCUGUAUUCCUCUACUCCUCUGUGUGGGAUGCUUCGACCGUGCUCGGUGGGGCGUGGUCUGGAACUUUCAACGGCAGAGACGUGCCUUAUAACGCGCAAUACAAAAACUUCCUCGUUACAUCCCCCGCUCCGUAA